UAUUAAUAAAAUAUUUUAUAUAUGUAGUUUACUGUCUGUUCUUUGUACUCAGACAUUUGCAAUGCAACACUGUAGUAGUUAAAAACCUACCAAGCACAAAUUCAAAUAUUUUAAACGCUCUAAACGUCAAAACUGAAAAAAAAGCGGAAGAGAAAAAGUAUAUUCGUAAAAAGCGGCAUUUAGAUAUAUAAUGUGAAUACAGUAAUCAUGGUUUAUGAAGCUAAAUUGAUACGCCUGGAUAAAAGUGGCGAAAAAGUUGAAGAAUAUAUUAUAAAUAAAAAAGAAUUUACAUUUGGUAAAUUUCCGUUUUGCGAUGUUUCUAUAGACGAUCCAAGAGUAGAGCGCGUCCAUUGUAAAUUAGUAAUAGACGCAUGGGAUCGGGUUAAUAUAAUUAAUUGUUCAAAUGAGCAUCCUAUAAAAAUCAACAAUGUAUCAAUUGAAGUGAAGAGACCUCUCCUACAUAAACAUGUUUUAGAUGUACUUGAAAACAAAUUUAUUUUUGAAUGUAAGCGCAGUGAUAGUGAAAACAAUUUUACAACACCUCAAAAGUCUGCUAAUGCUGAUAGGGCACCAAAUUCGUGUCCUGAUUUAAGGUUUUCUCAUCAUUACCCACGACGGUUUACUGUUCACAGUUUUUUUUAUUCCACGUAUACUGGUGAUGAUAUCGAGAAAAAGGAUACUAAUAAUGAAAAUAUAUCUCAAAUUAAUUCCUUAACCGAGGUGAACGAAAUAGAAAAGGACAAAAAAUGUAAUGUUGAUGAUAUAAUUGAUAGCACAUGUAAUUUGUCUGGUUUAAAUUUACAUAAUGAUAUCGCAAAAAUAAUGGUUAUUGAUUCUACACCAGACAAAAAAUGUGAAAUAUUAAAACAAAAUAUUUGUUUAAAUUACUCAGACAUGAAGAUCACGUCAUUCUCUCCACGCAUUGCUGGAGUACAAAUAGAGAAAUCCUUUGUAGAUUUCAUAUCAUGCACUCCAAAAAGUACGUACAGCACACCUAAAGGCGUUAUGCCAAAGAUGUACAAAGCUAAUCAAAGUUUGAAAUAUGUGACUCCGAAUACUUCUAAAAAAAGGUAUUUACAAGAAGCACCAAAUUCACCUAUGUAUUUGGUAGAUUUCACAACUCCUAUUAAAUUCGCACCAAAAUCUCCGAUUCCUAAUUUAUUGAUUAAAUCUUGUAAUAAAAAAGAAACAUCUAAAUUAGAAAUGCCUAGCUGUAGUAAGCCAUCUAGUACGCCAAUAUAUCGAAAGAGUGUAUCAUUAGAUACUCCAAUAAGUGUGGAAUCUAGUGCUUCGUCAAUUAUAGAGAUAGAUGAUGAUUCUGAUGCUAUUAUAAAUAGUGCUAGUAAAACUCCAACCAAACGUUUUACUGCUAAACUAACAACACCCAAACGCUCUUCGCCAUCAUUAAUGAAGCGUAUAUUAUUAAAAAGCACACAAAAAUCUAAAGCAGGUUCUAUUUUGUCAAGAACUCCUACUACCCCAAAAUUACAUAAAUCGAUUACACCUCGUCGCCUUGCACAAAAUAGCCGACAAUAUGAAGUUAUGAGAGAUAAUUCACUUUCUUUAAUGUCUGAAGAACAAUUACAGAAAACAACACCUCAUAUUUCACAGAAAUUAAGUGGAACUAAAGAAUCUGACUUUGAUUUAAAGAAUAAAAAUAAUUUAACAAUUGAUUGUAAUUAUGGUAGCUCUAAAACUGAUUCGAUUGAUUCGAAUAUAGUAUCAGAAAAUUUUGGUGAAGCUGUUGAAACUUCUGUUAAGAAUUUAAAUGAAACUUUCGACUUAAGUGCAAAAGACAACAUAAUGACAGAAAAAAAAAUUGAAAACGAUGUAGAAAACGAUAUAUGUUUGACGAAAGAAAACAAACACUCAAAUAGUAAAAUGGAAUUUCUGUUUGACGAAGAAUGCUUUAACGAAACUCAAAAAUUACAGACUAGUAAAGAUAACAUAGUUAGUAAAGAUAACAUAGAUUGUAAGGAAGUAAACACCAGUGAAAAUAAUCGAAAUGAUCCAUUAAAUAAACGGCGCAUUGAAAGAAGAGUAUCUAUGCCUACAGAACUUGCAUCAAAGUGUACAAUUCAGUUUAGAAGAUCUUCAUUGAAAUCAGAAAGUUUAAAUAAAACUCCCAUACGUAUAAGGUCGUUUAAAGCCUUGGAUACUGAAUUAAAAGAUCAAUACGUAGAAGAGAGUAUGGGCGCAAUUGUUGAAGAUUCAUAUACUGAAGAAACAAUUAUUAAAGAUAGUGCAAGUUCAGUUACAGUAAAAAAUGCAAGCAUUGGUAUGAAAAGUGAAAUCUCUAAUAUAGAAGAACUCAAAUCUAUGUUUGAUAAUAGACAAAAUGAACGCAUUUAUGAAAUUUUGGAUGAUUCUGAAUAUAACUAUGGUAAAGAAGUAUUAAAAUGUGAAGAUGAUGGAAGUGAAACGGAAUUUGAAGGUGUACAAGAAUUACUCGCUACGCCAAGAAUAAGCAGUACACCAAUUCCAAAGAAUAAUAAAACUGAUGAAACAUCGCAAGUUCUUUUAAAUUCUCCAACUGUAGAUGUUUUUAAAACACCACGAGGUAAAAAUUUGAUGAUGACCGUCACUCCUUCCAGUGAAAUGAUUAAGCAAAGCUUUGCUUCAAAAGAAUUUUUAAAUUGUACUGAAUAUAAUCUUAAUGAUAGCAAUGACAAAUUAGAAAAACUAUUCGAAAGUCCAGUGGCAUUAAAAUUUAAUAAUCAAGAUCUUACGGAAAGAUCGCAAAAUAUGUCGACAAAUCAGCAGGUUUCAGAAUACAGUACACCAGUUAGUAAUUCUAAGCUAGAUAAAAUUGAAGAAUCACCAUUUUCUUCUACAGACAUUAUCACUGAUUUGCCUGAAAUUGAAGUCCAAAAUUGGAUUAAAAAAAUUGAAGUUUCAAAUUUGGAUGAGGAACUUAUCGAUGAUGUGUCUAGACUUCACAAAAGAAAUAUAAGCCUAAAAUCAUCUAUUGAGCAUAGUUUAUCAAUUGAUCCACUGCAUUUAUCUGUAAAUAAAAGUGGUAACACGAUAAAAACUACUGAAAUUAGUGAUCCUUUAAGUCUGUCAGUGGCAGGAGAACAAAAUUUAGAUUUGCUGACUUUAGAUGAAAGAUCAAUGACACCUAUAGAAUCAGAAAUGAGUGGUAUUCAUCUUUUAGAUGAAAGUGAAGAUUCUUUUUCAUUAAAGGUUAGCGAUACAGAAUCUGAAUUGCCAAUAUCACAAAAUUCGAAAAUGAAUAAAAUAGAGGAAUUAAAAUCGAAUGAAACAUUUGAAGCUUUGGUUUUAAGCGAUACAGACAGCGACUUAGCUGAUAUAGAUAAUGAAGACGAAUACCUUAAUUUGAAAAAGUCAAAUUUUACCACCUCUGCAGUUAAAAAAGUUCUAACCAAAAAAACAGAUACUGAAAAACAUCUUGAAUCACCAAAAACAUCCGGUUUUGCAGUUGACAUUAAGAGUAGUGAACAAUCAAAAAUUUCCUAUGAGUACAAUGAUAUGAGUUUGAUGGCAAAUGAAGAUUUAGAAAAUAAAACGAAAAAAAUCAAUGCAUCAAUAGAUAUAAAAACCAUUAAGGUGCCGCUUAAUAUGGAGGACGAUAUUAAAUCUUCUCUGCAAUUAGAAGUUAAUAGUGAUAACACAUCUUUUACGUCCCUCUUGGACGCAGAAAUGAUAAUUGAAUCCAACAUUCAAAGUGAAGAUUAUACCUUAGAUGCGUCGAAAUCUAAAGACGCAAUGUCUUCACAAUACCUAGAUAAUAGAAGUCAAGUAGAUUCGACAGUCCAGUCCAGUAAUGGAAGCGAAGACGCUAUUACAUUAAGUCUUUCAGAGGUCAAAGAUAGAUUCAAUAAUAGUCAAGUUUCUCCUAAAGUUGUAUUGGAAAAGACAGUUGAAUCAAACAUUGCUGCUGAAAAUGUUAAAUUGGAUGUUUCUAUUUGCAGUGAUAAAUUUAUUCCACAAUCUGAAGAAAAUAUGUCGCUAGAAUCCGUGUUGGAAAAAACAGUUGACUCCAACAUUGCAAAUAAAGAAUUAUUCAAAGAAUUUGAUUUAACUGAGUCAUAUGACAAGUCUACACUAAAAUACCAAGAUAAUAGACAUCAAAAGUCUUCUAAGUUUGUGAUAGAAUCCAAUAUUGAAACUGACAAUGAAAUUAUUUUAAAUGAAUGUGAUAUUAAUAAUAAAUCUAUUCUAAAAUCACAAGAUAACACUAUUGAAAAGCCAACUGAAUUUGUGGCGGAAAACAUAGUCAAAUCAAAUAUGAGAAUCGAAAAUGCUUGUGUAACAGAUAUAUCUAAGUCUGAUAAAUCUACUUUACAAUCCCAAGGAAAUAAUGACACUACGUCUUCUAAAUUUGUAAUGGAAAAGUCAAUUGAAUCCGUUAUUGAAAGUGAAGAGGCAAAUAUAUCAGAAUUAUCUGAUUCUGAUGAUAAAUCUAUUUCACAAUCAGAAGUCAAUGAUAAAAUCUCUUCUAAACUUGUCCUGGAGAAUAUAGUUGAAUCAGAUAUCGAAACAAGAGAUAUCAUUGGGGUAGAUGUAUCUUUUCUACAAUCUCAAGAUAUUGAUAAUGAAAGUUCUUCUAAAUGUUUUUUGCAAAAAACGGCUGAAUCUAAUAUUAAAAUAAACGAUGUUACUUCAACAGAUCCAGAAUCACUACGAAGAGAAAAUGAAAUGGCUUCAAAAUAUGUCUUGGAAAAAACAAUGGACUUCAAUAUUGAAAGAAAAGAUGCAAAUGCAUCAAAUGUAUCUAAGUCUAAUGAGAAAAAUGACAUACAAUCUAAAGAUAAUAGUUAUGAAACGUGUUCUAAAAUUACAUUGGAUAUUAAAACUGAAUCUAUUAUUAAAGAAAAUGAUGGAACGUCGGAUAUAUCUGAGCUUGAUAAAUGUACUUCGAAAUCCCAAAGCAGUAGUGAUCAAAUGUUAAAAUUUGUGUUGGAAAAAACAGUAAAAUCCAACGUUGAAACUGGAGAUGUAACAUUAGAAGCAUUUGGCUCUAAUAAUAAAAAUACUUUACAAUCUAAAGAUAAUAAUGAUGGAAUAUCUUCUAAACAUUUGUUCGAAAAAGCAGUUCAAUCAAAUAUUACGUCUAAAGAAACUAUUAAUUUAGAUGUAUCUGAGUCUGAUAAAUUUAUUCUUGAAUCGCAAUCAAAAACACUUUUAGAAAAAAAAGUUAAAUCAAAUAUUGAAGCGGGAAGCUCAAUUGUAUCAGAUGCACUUAAGCCUAAUAAUGAAAAUGACAUACAAUCUCAAGGCAAUAAUGAUGUGGAACCUUCUAAAUGUAUAAUGGAAAAAUCGACUGAAUCGCAUACUGAAAGUGAAGAUACAAUUAUAUUAGAAAUAACUGAGUCUACUGAUAAAUCCACUCUAAAAUCUCCAAAAAAUGGCGAUGAAGCUUCUUCUAAAUUUGUAACAGAAAAGUCAAUUGAAUCGAAUGCUGAAAGUGAAGAUAUAGUUAUAUUAGAAGUAUCUGGCUCUAUGAAUAAAUCUACUUCACAAUCCCAAGGUAAUGAUGAAUUAUUGUCUUCUAAACUUACGGUGAAUAAAACAGUUGAAUCAAAUGUAGAAACGAAAGAUAUCAUUGAGUUUGAUGAAUCUUUAGGACAAUCUCAAGAUAAUGGAAAUGAAAUAUCUGGUAAAAUAGAAGAAACAGUUGAAUUGAAAAUUGAAAGAAGAGAUGCAAUAGCAUUAGAAGUAAGUGAGUCUGAUAAAUCUAUGCGACAAUCCCAAUCAAUUAUCCUGUUUGAAGAAACAAUUGAAUUAAAUAUUGAAAGAAGAGAUGGAAUUGCAUUAGAUGUAUCUGGUUCUAAUAAUAAAAAUGACAUACAAUCUGAAGAUAAUAGCAAUAAAAUCUCUUCUACGAUUGCAUUGGAUAAUACAAAUGAAUCCAAUAUUGAAAUCAAUACAUUUGAAACAAAAGUGGAAACAAGGGACAACAUUGGGUUAGAUGUACCUGUGGUACAAUCUGAAGAUAAUAAUGAUGGAAUGCGUUCUAAAUUUUUAUUGGGACGAACUGUAUUACAUAAUACUGAAAGUGAAGAUACAAUUACACUAGAAGUAUUUGACUCUAAUAAUAAAAAUACUUUACAAUCUAAAGAUAAUAAUGAUGGAAUAUCUUCUAAACAUUUGUUCGAAAAAGCAGUUCAAUCAAAUAUUACGUCUGAAGAAUAUAUUAAUUUAGAUGUAUCUGAGUCUGAUAAAUUUAUUCUUGAAUCGCAAUCAAAAACACUUUUAGAAAAAAAAGUUAAAUCAAAUAUUGAAGCGGGAAGCUCAAUUGUAUCAGAUGCACUUAAGCCUAAUAAUGAAAAUGACAUACAAUCUCAAGGCAAUAAUGAUGUGGAACCGUCUAAAUGUAUAAUGGAAAAAUCGACUGAAUCGAAUACUGAAAGUGAAGAUACAAUUAUAUUAGAAAUAACUGAGUCUACUGAUAAAUCCACUCUAAAAUCUCCAAAAAAUGGCGAUGAAGCUUCUUCUAAAUUUGUAACAGAAAAGUCAAUUGAAUCGAAUGAUGAAAGUGAAGAUAUAGUUAUAUUAGAAGUAUCUGGCUCUAUGAAUAAAUCUACUUCACAAUCCCAAGGUAAUGAUGAAUUAUUGUCUUCUAAACUUGCGGUGAAUAAAACAGUUGAAUCAAAUGUAGAAACGAAAGAUAUCAUUGAGUUUGAUGAAUCUUUAGGACAAUCUCAAGAUAAUGGAAAUGAAAUAUCUGGUAAAAUAGAAGAAACAGUUGAAUUGAAAAUUGAAAGAAGAGAUGCAAUAGCAUUAGAAGUAAGUGAGUCUGAUAAAUCUAUGCGACAAUCCCAAUCAAUUAUCCUGUUUGAAGAAACAAUUGAAUUAAAUAUUGAAAGAAGAGAUGGAAUUGCAUUAGAUGUAUCUGGUUCUAAUAAUGAAAAUGACAUACAAUCUGAAGAUAAUAGCAAUAAAAUCUCUUCUACGAUUGCAUUGGAUAAUACAAAUGAAUCCAAUAGUGAAAUCAAUACAUUUGAAACAAAAGUGGAAACAAGGGACAACAUUGGGUUAGAUGUACCUGUGGUACAAUCUGAAGAUAAUAAUGAUGGAAUGUGUUCUAAAUUUUUAUUGGGACGAACUGUAUUACAUAAUACUGAAAGUGAAGAUACAAUUACACUAGAAGUAUUUGACUCUAAUAAUAAAAAUACUUUACAAUCUAAAGAUAAUAAUGAUGGAAUAUCUUCUAAACAUUUGUUCGAAAAAGCAGUUCAACCAAAUAUUACGUCUAAAGAAACUAUUAAUUUAGAUGUAUCUGAGACAGAUAAAUUUAUUCUUGCAUCGCAAUCAAAAUCACUUUUAGAAAAAAAAGUUGAAUCAAAUAUUGAAGCGGGAAGCGCAAUUGUAUCAGAUGCACUUGAGCCUAAUAAUGAAAAUGACAUACAAUCUCAAGGCAAUAAUGAUGUGGGACCUUCUAAAUGUAUAAUGGAAAAGUCAAUUGAAUCGAAUACUGAAAAUGCAGACACAAUUAUAUUAGAAGUAUCUAACUCUACAGAUAAAUCUACUCUACAAUCUCAAGAUAAUAAUGAAAGAAUGUUUUGUAGUUUUGAAAUGGAUAAAUCAAUUGAAUCCGAUACUAAAAAUGGAGAUGCAAUUAAAUUAGAAGUAUCUGACAUUACGGUUAAUAAUGAUAAAAUGUCUUCUAUAUAUGCAAAGGGGAAAUCAAUUGAACUCAAUACUGAAAGUAGAGAUGCAAUUAUAUUAAAAGUAUCUGACUGUAACGAUAAAUCUAGUCUACAAGCUCAAGAUAAUAUUGAUGGAAUGUCUUCUAAUUUUGUAAUGGAAAAGUCAAUUGAAUCGAAUACUAAAAGUGGAGAUGCAAUUAUAUUAGAAGAAUGUGACUCUACAAGUAAAUCUACUUUACAAUCCCAAGGCAAUGAUGAAUUAUUGUCUUCUAAACUUACGGUGAAUAAUAAAGUUGAAUCAAACUUGGAAACGAAAAAUACCAUUGGGGUAGGUGAAUCUAUGGAAAAAUCCCAAGAUAAUACAAAUGAAAUAUCUAGUAAAUUAGUGUCUAGUAAAUUGGAAGAAACAGAUGAAUUAAAUAUUGAAAGAAAAGAUGCAAUAGCAUUAGAAGUAUUUGAGUCUGAUAAAUCUAUGCUACAAUCCCAAUCAACAAUCCUGUUUGAAGAAACAGUUGAAUUAAAUAUUGAAAGAGGAGAUGCAAUUGCAUCAAAUGCGUCUGGAUCUAAUUAUGAAAAUGACAUACAAUCUGAAGACAAUAGCAAUAAAAUCUCUUCUACAAUUGUAUUGGAUAAUACAAAUGAAUCCAAUAUUGAAAUCACUACAUUGGAACUAAAUGUGGAAACAAGGGACAACAUUGAAUUAAAUGUGGCUUUAAUACAAUCGCAAAGUAAUGGGAAUAAAAUAUUAUCCAAAUGUGAAAUGGAAAAGACCCUGAAAUCCAAUAUUAAAGAAAAUUCUAGUGCAUCGGAAGUAUGUGAGUUUGAGAAAUCAACUCCACAAACCCAAAGCAAUAGUAAUCAAAUUAUGUUCAAAAAAAAUGUUGAAUACAAUAUUGAAGGUGGAGAUUCAAAUACUUUAAAUACAUUUGACUCUAAUGAUAAAGGUGCUACUACAUUUGAUGUAUCUGAAUUGAAAAAUAUAUCUACUGUAGAUCACCAAAAUCAUAGUCAUGAAAUAUCUCCUAAAUUGGUGCCAGAGACAGCAGUUGAGUCGAAUAUUCAAGAUGCGACUGAGUCACUUAUAUCUGAAUCGAUUAAUAAAUUUACACUGACACAGGAAAAUAACAUGAAUGAAAAGUGUUCUAUAUUCGGUUUGGAAGAGACAGUUCAACCAAAUACUAGAGGUGAAAAAUGUAGUUCACUAUCUAAAGAUGAUAGCGAUCAAAAGUAUGGAGAAUUAGUGUUGAAAGUAACAGUUGAAUCUAAUAAUGAAAGGGAAGAAGAGUCUAAUGCUACAUCAACUUUGCAAUCCCAAGAUAAUAUUGCACAAAAGUCCAGUGAUUUUAUUUUAGAAAAUACAGUCUCGUUUAAUAUUGAAGCCAAUAUUGAUAAGUCUACUGAUAGUUUUGAUGCACUUACAAUAAUAAGUAAAACUGAUAACAUUGAUAAAAAAAAAGAAAUAGACGCUAAUAAGGUACAUAAAGUAUGUGACGAAUUCCUUACAGUGGCGACUGAAACGCAAAGAAAAAAAUCCGUAAACGAAAACAUAAAUGAUAGUAAAGAUAUUAUAAAAGCUGCACCAAGACGUGGAAGAAGGAAAGUAGUAGUACAAGAUGAACCAGAACCGAAAGAAAUUUUACAAAAGAAAAUUACAAAAAUAAUAAAACCAAUUUCGAAACUUAAUGAAUUUGUUCAUAACAAUAAAGAAACAGUAAACAAUCAAGAAGAUAUUCCAGAAGAAAAUAAGAAUAAGACUGUAGUGAAAUCUCGAAGAGGAAGAAAACGAGCAAUAAAUUAUGCAGAACCUUGUAUAUCUCCAUCUAAAGAUAUUGAGGUCAGUCCAACUUCUAAAAAUAUUGAAAAACUAUCGGUAAAUAAAUUGAAAGAGGAUGAGCUUGAGACUUCUCUAAAAAAUAUCGAAGUUAUGGAUGACGCGACAGCAAGCAAAACUGCGAAAGAAAAGUCAACCAUUUCUGCCAAAAAGGGACGGAUUGAUAAAAACGAUGUGGAAGAAGAAAUUAAAGAACCAGAUCAAAUUUCUACAUCUCGACGUGGUACCAAAAGAAAACCAAUGAUAGUAACUAAUAUGGACGAUAUUCCAAGUUCAUCUCAACUUUUCGAAGAAAUUGCAGUUACUAAAAUGUUAAUUAAUGUUGAAAAUGACCAUGAUACGGUUAAUGCAGAAAUAUCUAAACAUAGUAAUAAACGUGGAAAAAGGCAGGAAAUUCAUAAGAAGAAACAAGAUGAAAUUGUAAUUUUUACGGAACAGGAUAUUUCUCAAAUGCCGACAACAUCAAAACGAGGUAGGACGAAGAAAAAAGAUAUGGAGGAAAAAAUUAUUGCAGGAGAUGAGAAAAUGAAAACUGUUGAGAGUUUAACUGUUAACAAAAGACACAGCCAUGACAAACAGGAAGCAGAGAUUUCAAAAAGACCAAAAUUAUCUACAGGUGGAGAUAUAGAACUAGAAGAUAAAAUAAAUAUUACUAAAGAUACAACUUCUACUACUAAACGCGGGAGAAGGAAGGUUAUAUCGUUGGUUGACCAAACGAAUGAAAAAAUAAUGAAUGUCGUAUUGUACCAGUGCUUAAGAAUCUUCGAUUAA